AUUAUUUCAAUCAAUACCUUCUAAGUGAAAAUGGCCGAAGGAGUUUUAUUCGACCUUGCUGCAAGUCUUAUUGAGAUGCUGGGUUCUGCAGCAUUCAAAGAGGCAAGACUGCUUUGUGGUGUGAAGGACGAGUUUCAGAAACUUGUUGGGACGAUUGAAGUAAUCAAAGGCGUACUUGUUGAUGCAGAAGAGAAGAUGGCUGUUGAUAAUCAAGUCAAAGCUUGGCUCAAACAGCUUGGAGAUGUUUUCAUUGUUGCUGAUGACUUGGUGGACAAGUUUCAUACCGAACCUCUACAGCGUAGAGUCAUGUCUGGGAAUAAGUUUACCAGACAGGUACGUCUUUUCUUCUCAAGCUCUAAUCAGCUAGUUUUUCGUUUUAAGAUGGGCCAUCACAUUAAAGAUAUAAGAGAAAAAUUAGAUGACAUAAGAGCCAUUAGCAAUAACUUUCACUUAACUCCCCGUCCAGUAGAAAGGAGAGUUUCUAGUGGAAGUAGUAUGAGGGAGACCUACUCAUAUGUGAGGGAAGAGGAAGUUAUUGGGAGAGAGGAUGAAAAGAGAGAGAUUAUUCAAAAAUUGGUGGAAAUGGAUAUUAAGGAGGAUGUGUCAUUCAUUGCAAUGGUAGGGAUUGGAGGGUUAGGCAAAACCACACUAGCUCAAUGUGUUUUUAAUGAUGAAAGAGUCCAAAAACAUUUUGAACCAAAAAUGUGGGUGUGUGUUUCUGAUGUUUUUGAUGUGAAAUUACUUGUGGGGAAAAUUUUGAAGUCUUAUACCACUGGGAGUCUAGAAAACUUACAAAAUGAACUGAGAAGUAGGCUAAGUGGAAAGAAAUACCUGCUAGUGUUGGAUGAUGUUUGGAAUGAGAAUGGUGAAGAAUGGGGUAAGUUAGAGAUGUUGUUGAAGUGUGGAGGAAAGGGUAGUAGAGUCUUAGUAACCACUCGUAGUGAAAUGGUCGCUAGAAUAACUCAGAGUACAGUUGGGCCAAUUAAAGUGAAAGGUUUGAGCGAAGAUAUGUCGUGGUCCUUAUUCAAAAGAAUGGCAUUUAAGAAAGGUGAAGAGCCGGUGCAGGGCUCAAAAGAAAUGGAGCUAGGGAUGGAGGUUGUCAAAAAAUGUAAGGGAGUUCCUUUGGCCAUAAGAACAAUAGGAAGGUUAUUGCAGCAAAGGUUAUGGCAGUCUGGAGACCCACAGAAGGAGUUGUCAAGGUUUUUGAAUAGUGAGUUUGCAAAAAUAGAUCAAAAUGAAAAUGAUAUCUUGCCCACCCUCAAGCUAAGUUACAAUCAUCUCCCUUCACAUUUGAAGCAUUGUUUUGCUUACUGUAGAUUGUUCCCAAAAGAUCAUGAAAUUAAUGUGAGGGAGUUGAUACAGUUGUGGAUGGCACAAGGAUUUAUAAAAUACUCUGAUGACAAAAGCCAAUGUCUAGAAGAAAUUGGUUACGAGUAUUUUAUAAAUCUACUUUGGAGAUCCUUUUUCCAAGAGCCAGAAACUUAUGAUUUUGAUGAUAUAAUGACAUGUAAAAUGCAUGACCUUAUGCAUGAUCUUGCAAUUAAGGUGGCAGGAUCAAAUAGUGUCAUAAUCGAUCAAAAUUCUAAAAUUUCUGAUGAAAAAUAUCUCCAUGUGUCAUUCGUAAAUUUUGAUUUUGAUCUUGAAACCAACAACUCACUCGAGAUUUUCGAAUUCUUUUCUCAACAAAAAAGACUUCGAACUUUACUUAUACAUAAUUUUGAAGGGUUGAGCUUCUCAGAACUAGAGGGUUUUGGGUCCAACUUUAAGUGUCUACGAGCUUUGAGUGUACCUUCCAUGAGAAUUGAGGUGUUGCCAAGGAAUUUGUGUGAAUUAGAACAUUUGAGAUAUCUAAAUCUUUCUGGUAAUUUUAGGUUAAAAGUGCUUCCUAGCUCUUUUAUAAGAUUACAGAAUUUGCAAACUCUGAAUCUUACUAAUUGUUAUAGCCUUGUUAGAUUACCUCUAAACAUGAAGAAAUUAAUCAACUUAAGGCAUCUUAUGAUUGAUGGAUGUAAAAGAUUGAGAGAGAUGCCCCCUGAAUUUGGGUAUAUGAGUUCCCUUCACACAUUAGAUAGAUUUGUUGCAUCUGAGUCCAGUGGGGUUCAUGAAUUGAGCAACCUUAUUAACAACUUAAAUGGAAGUUUAACAAUUAAAAGACUCGGGUGCACGACAAACUACUCUGCAUCAAAAACAACUUCAAAGCGAGUCAUUUGUGAAGGGAAGCAUAAUCUUGAUUCGUUAAGUUUAGAGUGGAAUUCAUUGGAAAAUGAUGAAAUGGCAAUUGAAGGUUUGCAGCCACCUUCCAACCUAAAAGUGUUGAGUGUGUCGUAUUUCAUGGGUGUGAGAUUUGGAGGUUGGCUUUCUUCAUUGGAUAACCUUGUUAAAUUGUACUUAUAUAGGUGUAAGAAGUGCCAUUAUUUCCCAAAAUUAGAUCAAUUACGUUCUCUCGAGGAACUUUACAUUUGUGAGGUUGAAGCAGAGUACAUGUGCUCCUCUGCGGAAGAUGAUGAUUUUGACGCCAACUUGUUCUUUCCAUCCCUAGUGACUCUUCAUAUUAGAUAUUGUUUUAAUCUCAAGUGGUGGUGGUGGAAAAAGGAAGUGGAUGGGAAUAAUGAGUUUGUUAGAUCAUUUCCUCGUCUUUCCAAUUUAGAAAUAGAAAUGAGUCAUCACCUCACUUCAAUGCCCUUGUUUCCAUCUAUUGAACAAGUCACACUGAUUGGAACUAGCUCAAUGGCAUUAGAAGAAACGUUUAAAAUGAUGAGGGGAUCAAGCAAGGCACACAACACUCACCCAAACAUUUCAUUGCUAAGGUCUAUCGUUAUAAGAAGCUGCCCCAGUUUGACAUCACUAACGAUGGAAGGGAUUGGUAACCUUACUUCCCUCGAGUAUAUCUUUAUAGAAAAUUGCUCCAAUUUGACAUCACUCCUUGAAGGGAUUGAUAACCUUGCUUCCCUUAGGACUGUCUGUAUACAACAUUGUCACAAUUUGACAUCAAUACUGGAAGGGAUUGAUAACCUUCCUUCCCUUGAGUCUAUCCAUAUAGAUGCUUGUCCCAAUUUGACAUCAAUUCCCGACAACUUCAGAAAAGUGAAGCAUUUUAGUAUUAUCCGUUGUCCAAAGCUUGAAGAGACAUAAUGUAAUUGAAGUUUAUCGAUCUAUUAUACAU